GUGCAAGAGCAUUUAAGAGGUCGUUUCUACAUUUCCCCUUCAAUGCUGUAUUCUGUGGCCAGACUUGCAAGAGGCGGUCACAAUUAUGAAGUCCCUGUAGCCGGCGAAUGGGUAACCAUUGGAGUCAUUGCUGAGCGCGGCCAAAUAUCGGUCUCACGAGGAUAUGGCUCGCGUGUUCAGCACUCAACGGCCGAGGCACAGGGUCAAAGCCAGCUCGAUGAUUUGUGUGAAUCAUCGCAGGGAGCAUCUGAAGUGGUACACAAAUCAGCAAAGAAGUAUCUCACGCUCCGUCUUGUGGAUUUUGGCCGUCGAGGACAGGACCCAACCACAGGGAAAUCCGUGAUCAAGGGCGAUGCACUUCUCAAUAUGAUCCUGUUUGAGUCUGAUACUGUUUCCAGUCUCAAAGAUGCAGGAGGUAGUGAGCAGCGCGUUUACAAAGGUGGAAGUGGAGGAGUAUUUGAGGCGAGCUCGACACUCCGCGAAGGAGCAGUGAUAGUCGUUACGAAUCCUCGUAUAUUGAAGCCAUUUCAGCGAGCGAAGGACAAGCCUCAUCCUAUGGACAACAUUUUUGCUAUCACACCACAGCAUGAGGCUUCUGUUAUGAUUAUCGGCACGUCCCAGGAUUUGGGCAAAUGCUCGGCGUUAAGGCGAGAUGGUACCACAUGCAAAUCAUGGUACGACAGGCGGGUCAGCGACGUGUGCGAGUAUCAUAUACAGAGAGCCGUCGAGUCCAGACGUGCGUCUCGUCCAGAAUUCUCUUCAGCGUAA